AUGGUUCGAGGUGACUCGGAGCCCAAAAAGAGGCCGACAAAAUGUUGUGGGAAAACCCAUAUGCUGCUCAAUACGCUCUGCAAGGAUAAAGCUUUUCUGAUGUUCCUGACGCACUUUCGCAGAAAUGAGAAAGUGAAGGAAUACAAUAUGACCAAAUCACAAUGCUUGACCAUCGCCGCCAAAGUCUGGAAUCGUAUGUCGGACGUGGAGAAGUUGCCCUAUAUACACGAGGCGCGCAACUUUAAAUAUGUCUUCAAGUCGAACAACAAUUGCCUGAAUUGGGCCGUCAAACAAGUGCGACAAAUACUCGUGGCCGAUGGACAGCUGUAUUUGCAACGCCUCUGGCAGCUGGCCUCCAAGCUGACAGCCUGGAAUGAUCGUGUGAUUGACAAUAUUCCAGCACUGGAUGGAAAGAAGCAAUAA